UACAUUAGCAGUUUAAAAAUAGCUUGACCAAAAAUUCCCAUGUAAAUAACCAACAACAAAAAAAAGAAUUCCCGGCAGAAAUAACAUGUUUACUGUUUGUAUUGAAAACUAAAAGUAAAUGGAAACCAUGCUAAUAUGUAGGAGCUGUUUUAUGGGAAAAUUGCAGACAGACAGAGCACAUUGCAAGGAAAUGUUUAUAUUACUGAUCUAACAGGGAAUGCCUAUUGUGUGCAAUUACUCAGGUACCCAGGUGAGGAAAUAGAGGUAGACUUCCUUGUAGGAGGAUUGUCCCCCCCUCCGUGACUCUCCUGUCAUGUAUAUAAAGAGCUGAGACAGGUUUCCUUCCGGCACUGUUGUGCUCCUUACCGCAGAGGCACCUUUGUGUUUGCAGCUCUCCAUGAAGUAAUGGCUAAGAAGGUGGCAGUGAUCCUUGCUGGCUGCGGGGUUUAUGAUGGCAGUGAGAUUCAUGAGUCGGCAGCUGUAUAUGUUCAUCUCAGCAGAGCUGGAGCUCAGAUGCAUGUAGUGAAUCACACCAAAGGGCAGCCCACAGAAGAGACACGCAAUGUGCUUGAGGAAAGCGCACGGAUCGCAAGAGGGAACAUCAAAGACCUCAAAGAGCUUGAUGUUAAUGAAUAUGACGCAGUCAUUAUACCAGGUGGCUUUGGAGUUGCCAAAAACCUGUCCACCUGGGCUGUGAAAGGAAAGGACUGUACAGUUGAAAAAGAUGUUGAAGCCAUUAUCAAAGGAUUCCAUGGAGUCAAGAAACCAAUCGGUUUAUGCUGUAUCUCCCCCGUAUUGGCAGCAAAACUAUUUCCUGGAUGUGAACUGACUGUUGGCUGUGAUACUGAGUGUGAAAAGUGGCCAUAUGCAGGCACAGCAGCUGCCAUUAAAGAGCUCGGCUGCAAACAUGUCAACAAGCAAGUGAAUGAAGUUCAUGUGGAUGCAAAGAACAAAUUGGUCACCACGAGCGCCUUUAUGUGUAACAGUCCAGUUCAUGAGAUUUAUGACGGAAUUGGUGAAAUGGUAAAAUACGUUUUAAUAAAUUAAUAACAAUGUUCAUGAGGAUUAUUUAAAAUGUGUAUUUACUGUACUGUAUAUAUCAUACAAUAAAUUACAUUCUUUCAGCAGAA